AUGAGUCCAGAAUUCGACCCGUUCACUCAAAACAUCACCUUCCACGCUGCGGACGGCGCUCCCUUCAAUGUCCCCGUGGAAGCUGUGGACCAGUUCAUCCAGUAUUGCAUCCGCAUCUGCAUCAAUUAUGGUGCCCAGCUUGGAGCCAGUAUUGUCCUACUGGUGAUACUCCUGCUCCUCACGCGGCCCGAGAAGCGUCGCUCCAGUGUCUACCUCCUCAACUGCUCAGCCCUGCUUCUCAACAUCGGGUUGCUUCUCUGCCAGGCCCUGUACUUCAGCUCCCCGUUUGUGCACGUCUACGCCUACUUUGGCAGCGAUUAUUCUCGCGUGCCUCAAUCCACAUACGCCAAUUCGGUUCUCGGAGUCGUGCUGGCCACCCUCCUUCUCAUCAGCAUCGAAAUAUCGCUCGUCCUGCAGGUCCAAGUCGUCUGCGCCAACCUCCGCCGCCGCUACCGGCGCCUCCUGCUCGGUGUGUCCAUAGUCGUGGCUCUGGUCCCCACUGGAUUUCGCCUCGGCUUGAUGGUCGAGAACUGCAAAACCAUUAUCCAGGCCGUGACUAGCGCGCCCCUGAUCUGGAUUCAAAGCGCCGCCAACAUCACUCUGACCAUCAGCAUCUGCUUCUUCUGUACCGUCUUCGUUGCCAAACUCGGCUAUGCCAUCCGCCAGCGCAGACGCUUGGGGGUCGCCGACUUUGGCCCAAUGAAAGUGAUCUUCGUGAUGGGCUGCCAAACGCUCGUUGUUCCCGCCCUCUUCUCCAUUCUCCACUACGCAGUCAACGUCCCCGAACUCUCCUCCAACGUCCUCACUCUGGUAACCAUCUCCCUGCCCCUCUCCUCCAUCUGGGCCGGCGUCGCCCUCGACCACCGCCCCGGCAACAGCAACACCAAUAGCAACAACCUGGCCAGCUCGACCUCCUCUCGCCGCAAUCUGUGGCAGGUCCUCUCGUUCUCCUACUUUGGCGACGAGAAACACCCCUCCCAUUCGGCCUGCACCACCUCAACUUCCACGUCCACCUCCCUCCCAAGAGGCAACAAACCCAGCACCGGCACCGGGACCACCUGCUACGCCGAUCCAAACCAAAACCGUCAGCAACAGCACCAGCAGGAUCUAGAAAUGGGAUAUGGAAUUGCGGUGGAGCACGAUAUCUCCGUGCGGAGCGUCAAGCGGGAGAAGGACGUGCUGUAA